AUGGCAGCUCCUACACGCCAAAAGGUAGUCAUAGUGGGCGCCGGACCCGUCGGAUCAUUGGCCGCUCUCUAUGCAGCCUCCCGCGGCGAUGAUGUCGAGGUUUAUGAGCUGCGUGCUGAUCUUCGCGAUCCCACCACUGUCCCUCUGAACUUUACAAAAUCAAUCAACUUAGCUCUCUCAGAACGCGGCAUCCACUCCAUGCACCUUUCCGGCCGCGAGGAUGUUGUACAUAAGAUCAUGAGCCAAGCGAUACCCAUGCAUGGUCGAAUGAUCCACGGCAGAGACCUGACGGGGAAUCUGUGGCAGGCUGCUCAAGCCUACGAUGUCCACGGACAGGCCAUCAACUCGAUCGACAGGGCAACCCUAAACAAUGCACUUCUCGACGAACUCGAGAAAACACCCAAUGUGAAAUUAUUCUUCAACCACAAACUCACUGGAGCCGACUUCCACUCGCGCAAGGCCUGGUUUGAGCGCCGCAUACCCGAAGAUGAGCACAAGCCAGAUCAUCCGCAUCCAGAUGAAGCCGCAGUCGACUUUGACCGAGCACCCGAAGUCGAGGUAGCAUUCGACUUUCUCAUCGGUGCUGACGGUGCGCAUUCUGCGUCGAGAUAUCAUAUGAUGAAAUAUUCGCGAGUGGACUAUCAACAAGAGUACAUUGACACGCUAUGGUGCGAAUUCCGAAUCGAGCCUACUGAAGAGGGCGACUUUAAGAUAUCGCCUCAUCACUUGCACAUCUGGCCUGGCACGGAAUUUAUGUUUAUUGCACUCCCGUCUCCAGACAAGUCAUUUACAUGCACACUUUUUGCACCGGCGGACCACUAUGCUCGUCUCGGAAACACGCCCGAAGCAUUGUGCGCGUCGUUUCAACAAUACUUUCCCGGCGUGUCUCCCGAGUUGAUCUCGCCGGAGGACCUAUACCGACAAUUCACCACCAACCAACAUCUUCCACUAAUCAGCAUCAAAUGUAAACCUCACCACUACAAUUCCAGCGUCGUCAUAAUCGGCGACGCAGCACAUGCCGUCCUCCCAUUCUACGGUCAAGGCCUAAACGCUGGCAUGGAAGACGUUCGAGUUUUGUUCGAGAUUCUCGAUUCCCACGGCGUAUACGACGCCUCCCACGACGCAGAUUCUAGAGACGUGGCUCGCAACGAGGCCUUUGAGACCUACACCAAAACACGAGUUGCAGACGCACACGCCAUCAACGAGUUAUCCAAAGGUAACUUCAUCGAAAUGCGCGCCGGUGUCAAUUCACGCUUGUACAAGUUCCGCAAAUUUAUCGAAGAGAAUCUUGAUCGCUACAUGCCGCAGCUGGGUUGGCGCACGCAAUACUCGCGCGUCAGUUUCAGUAAUAUGCGCUACUCAGAGAUUAUGAGGGCCGUUGAGAGACAGCGUCUACUUCUCACUACCACUUUUGGCACGGCGGCUGUCGUGGCGGCUGUCGUGGGACUUGCUAUUGGAGGCAAGGCCAUGUUGAAGCACCCAGUCCACUUUAAUUUGCAUCGAGCUGUAGGAUAUUUUCGGUGA